AUGACUCUAUUCGACUCGACUCCGGUCCCAUUGCCCUUUUCCAAGGAACUAGAGGGACAGUGGACGUCCAAGAGCUCGGGCGGCAAUCACGCACUCGCGACGUAUGCGAGCAACCCAAUGUGGAGGAUUAACAUCGAAGAUGAGAGACGCGGCUCGGUGCGUAACGAGUCGGGAAACGUCAAGUUCAGGGCAAGCUUGACCACAAUUGAUGCCAAUGGGGGUCUAGACACCAGGAAACCUCUGAACGUCAAACUUAUUCGAUCUGGUGGCGAUGGUCGGGUUUAUGAUGUCGAGCGACGCGAUGUGGUUGCAGACUCUGGAAGCUAUACUCUAGGUCGAGCACAGCUACGAGUCAAUCAACUCUUACCGGGAAAGUACACUAUUGUGCCAUCAACUUACCAAGCUGGAGUGAUUGGUUUAUUCAAACUUCAAUUAGAAUGCGACUUACCUUUAACUAGAGUGGAGUCUAUUCCUCCAGAAGGAGCUGGAAUGUACAAGCGUGUAGGGUGUUUGAGUUGGGAGGAGGAGAGAGGAGGGGCCGGCUUCUGGCGACUUACUGGCGGCAAGGGCUUGGUGAAAUCCAAGAUUAAGCUUCAAGCUGCACAUCAGCCGGGCGGAUAUUCCAUCAAGCUGACUUUGAUCCAGCAUCAAUCCAGCCAAGACGAAGGGAAAGUAAUCAGUCCUGGGAUCUUUACCAACGCGCUUAGCGGAGCGGCGAUCGGACCCCUCCAGCUAUCAUUCUCCAACAAUUAUGAUUAUACAAUCUUAGUCGAGGCCUUGGGCGACACUUGUGUCACAAAGGGAGAGGGCUACGUCUUGACGGUUUAUGCCGACCAACCCUUGAGCUUGGCUCGAAUACCAAAGGAAACAAAUUGA